AUGAGCUCAUACUUCUCCUCCCUGACCACCUCCUCGGCCAUAUCAGGCCUAGGAUCUCGCCUGACAAACCUCCGCCGCACUAUCACAUUAGGCGACGAAGGCGACGACCCGGAGAACGAAGACUGUUCCCACAUCUCCAACGCCCUCCGCGCCUACUACAACGAAAAGGGCCGACCCUUCCCACCAUGGCUCCCCCAAGAUCCCAAAGCCCCAGUCUCGACGCCCUCUUCGCGCCAGAUCGCAACAACCCAACUCUCCGGUGCGCAGCAGCCCAGCUACGGCCGCAGCGGCGGUCUGGGCGAUCUCUGGGGUGAUUCCGCGCCUCAAGCCCAACCCCAGAACCCACAGACCGCUAGUCUACGUCGUGGCCGUGGAGGCAACGCACCACCUCUCGUUGCCGCCAACAGCGCUCCGCCUGGCCCCGUCCCCUCCGGCACCCCGCCCGUUACCCUGUCUCAAGCCGGCUCGCCGAGCAACCUCCACCCUGCCGGUGCGCGACCUUUGCCGAGUCAGCGCACUGGAUCACAUCAGUCGCCGCAAGCUCGGGUCAAUCUCGACCGUGCCGGGUCCGCGCAGGAUCGGCUGCGGGCCAGGCUGCAGGGUGGCCGGUCUCCCAGUCCGAAUGUCGAUCCAAGUGUAAGGAAGCCGGUUGGGGGUAUGGGUCGACGCUGA